AUGUUAGCUCAUUCUUCGCUUCCCCUUUUUUCCUUCAAAGAAAACGCAGCGGGUACCCAAGGAGGGAAGGUGAAAAGUGAAAACAACGCAAUUGCCAGCACCCCGGGGGAGUCCAACAGUAACGUUACCGCCCUGCGAAAGAAGUACAAGCUACAGUACAGACCGCUGGAGGAAGAAGACCCGCAGCUGUGGGUGGAUGCACCAUUGAUAAAGUUAAAAGAAUUUGAAAGGAAGUUCCCCGAUAUAGCUUUAUGGCCAAGAAACGUUACCACCACACCAAACGUAGAAGUGAACCACUCAAAUGAUCCCUUCAACAAACAGUGGUACCUUUUAGCGAAUCAAAUAAUUCAGAGUCUAAGUAAGUACGAAGGAGGACAUAUCUUCGAAAAGCUAGUAGAUGCAAAAAAACAAAAUUGUCCAGAUUAUUACGACGUUAUAAAAAAUCCCAUGUCAUUUAAUUGUGUAAAAACGAAAUUGAAAAAAGGGCAAUACGGGUUGCCGACUGAAUUUAUUAAAGAUGUUCAAUUAAUUUUUGAUAAUUGUAGUUUGUACAACACGUCGGGGUCUCUUGUUGCCAUUACGGGAAAGAACAUCGAAGCUUAUUUUAACAACCAGCUAAUAGUGACAGGGUAUAACAAUUUUGUGACCAAGGCGAACACAAUAAACGAACGUUUGCAAAAAGUGGAAGAUGAAAAUGUCAAGUGGAGUGCUGAGUGCGAACAGGUGGUUAAGGAAGAACAGCCGGUCGAAGAGAACAAGGAGCAGGAGCCAGUCGUACCGGUCGCUUGA